CUUCCUAGCUUCCCUCCAUUCUGUCACUCUCUUCGUCCCUCCCCAUUACCAAUUAGAUAGAUUCCUUACAUCACGUACACCUUUCGCCUUACAAAUAUUCCCCUCCCAUGUACAAAUGAAUGCCAUCCAGUCCUCUGAUUCUUCACUCACACACUCCUCCACCUUCCAAUUCCCAUACAAAAUCCCAUCUUCUUUCCUUCAAAUCCCCUCCCUCCAAAGGAAAAACAAUUUUGAAACGAAAAUCUCUCUCUCUUCUCUAUUCAUCCCCCACUCAUGGUUCCUGAAUUAGAGAAACCUCGAAUCAUAGAGAUACAGGUCCGUAUGGACUGUAAUGGGUGCAUUCACAAGAUCAAGAAGGCAUUGCAGGGAAUAAAUGGUAUAUACGAGCACUACAUUGAUUUCCCUCAACAAAAAAUUACAGUUGUAGGGUGGGCUGAUCCCGAAAAGAUUGUCAAAGCCAUCAAGAAGACAAGAAAGAUCGCCACCAUCUGUGCACACUCAGAACCCACCGACCCACCUGCUCAACCCACGGAACCAGCACCGGCCGACGCCCAGAACCCUCCACCGGAAGAUCAGUCCCCACCCACAGAAGCUGCCCCACCGACGGAGCCUCCCAAAGACUCACCACCGCCUGAGAAUCCAACUCCAACUCCGGAGGUGGCACCAUCAGCCGUAGCUACCGACGCUGCUGAAGCACAACAGCCGGUGCAAGUGCAACCUUCCGAGACCAAAGACGUAGAAGAGAUCCAUGUAAUACACCACCAUCCACAUGACUACGGGUAUGGGUAUGGAUACGGUUAUGAUGGGCAUUGGAACGGUUAUCCUAAUGGAUAUGGGUUUCGGCACGAGGCACCCGUUUAUGUGACCCACAGCUAUAACACCUACAAACCAUCCCCUUACAUCACUGAAUACGAAUACGUAAGGUCACCCCCUCGACACACCCGUUACAGUAGGGUCGAGCACUACGGUGAGGAUUAUCAGAGCCGAGGUAACACAGCGGGGAACAACAUUACAUCAAUGUUUAGUGACGAGAACCCGAAUGCAUGCCGAAUAGUGUAGACUCUAAGAGCAAUGGAAACUGAGGUUAGUAGGAAAUGGACUCUCUUUUCUUUUCUUUUCCUUUCCUUUCUUUUGCGUGUAAAGAGAGUCUAUCUAUGAUGAUGAGCAGGUGAGGUGAAGGAAUCCGAUUAGGCAUACAAUAAUACUUAGUUAUUAGUGUGGAUGGCAGUAAGGUAAUAAACGUAUCAGAAUGUCGCUUGAAAGUAGAAUGAGAUUCUUAGCUUGUAAAUGCAGGAAGAAUUGAUCCUGCAUUCCACUACUAAAAUAUGCUACCUGGUGUUCAUUUAUUAAGGGAGAAUCUUAUAAAGCUAUGUAUUAUUAUUGUACUUGUUUUGUACAAUACAGACGACCUCAACUUCCACUUCUUUGGAAAAUA